AUGUCGUCUACCGCCACCGACGUGAACCGCCCUUCAGGAGAUGCUGUCUUUGAGAAGUCACACAACCUCAAUGUCGUCUCCUCUCAUAAUGGCAUGACCAUCUCUCCGGAGCUCUUUGAGAAGUUAUAUCUCACACCCAAGACUCCCCGCCAUGGUAACAACGUCAAGCGCUUCGCCAAUGCCGUGCCUAUGGGCUUCACUGGCUUCGUCAUCUCGACUUUUACCUUCUCAAUGAUCUUGAUGGGCUUCGCUGGUACUAGCAGUCUUGCUGGUGUUGUCGGUAUCUUCUUCUUCACUGGUCCUGUUCUGCUCGGUCUUGCUGCCAUUUUCGAAUGGAUCAUGGGCAACUUCUUCACUAUGAACUCUUUGUCGCUCUUCUGUGUCUUCUGGCUCUCCUUCGGCAUGAUCCAACUUCCGUCCCUCGGUAUCGCUGCAUCUUACUCUCCCACUGGCGAUGCUGCCGAGGGUGCUGCAAGCCCUGACUACAACAACGCUAUUGCUCUCUACCUUGUUGUCUGGGGCUUUGCUUUCGUCACAUACUUCAUCUUCUCUCUCAAGACCAACGCCAUCUUUGCUGGUAUCUUCGGCUUCGCUGCCAUUGCUGUUUACAUCCUUGCUGGUGCUUACUUCCAUGUCGCUACUGGUGAUUACGCCAUGGCUGGCAACCUCCAGAUCGCUGGUGGUGCACUCCUUUUCGUCGUCGCUAUCCUGGGUUGGUACAUCACCUUUGUUAUCAUGGCCGCUGAGAUGCGUCUGGGCAUCAACUUCCCCGUCGGUGACCUGAGCCACCUCUGGCCCGCGACUGACGUUGAGUUGACCGAGAUUGAGAAGCAAGCUUAA